CGCCGGAACUGAGAGCAUGCCAAGUCCUCUCCCCUUGCUCUAGAACAGGGGGCACCUUGCACUGACCCCGGUUUCAACCUCACCCCUCCACCCCCCACGGCUAGGAGGGGUCCAGGAGACAGCACAGCCUUAGCGAAGCCAGAACUCGCUCUGCCCCUCGCCGUGCCCGUCCAGUGACCCUCAACUCCUCUCACACCUGCGUCAGUCCUUCCUUCAGCAGACCCUGGCCACUCCUCCUUCAGAGUAUCUCCAGAAGCCACCCUUACUCUCUCCUCCCUAGUCCUGUUCACUGUGACUGACGAGCCUCUUCACUGCCUCCUGGCUCCCUGGGCCCCCACACGAAGCCAGAGCGACCCUAUGGACCCCCGGGUGAGGUCACGUCCCUCCCCUGCUCGGAGCCCUCACGGGAAAGGACAGAGUGGUCCCCAGGAUCCACAGAGCCCCACAUGAUCUGCCCCCUGCCUUCCUCCUCAACCCGCCUCUUGUCGGUCUUCCUUUGGGGCUGGCUGUUCGAACUCUGCAGACUCAUUCUUGACUCAGACCUUUGCCCUCGCUGGUCCCUUCCCUGGCGACGCUUUCCCUCCAUCUUGCGUGAUUGCCUCCAUCUUAUCACUCCGGCCUGGGCGCAAAUACUCUCUUCCGAGAGGACUUCCCUGACCCGCCAGAGUAAAAGCCCCCAGCGCUCAUGUGAUGCAGGAGUCCGGGGUCAUUUCCUCUUUUUCCUGACGCAUACUUGACUAUUACAUCGGUCCCUUCUCAAAUGUCUGCUCCAAGAGCCCAGGGAAGUGUGUCCGCUGCUGAAGCCCUGGGCUUUGUAAGAGGGCUGGGCAUAGAGUAGGUGCUCAAUAAAAAUUCCCAGCCGGAAGGGGCUGGGACCUGCGUAGUGCCCAGUACCCCGUGCCGUCUAAAUGACCUUCUGCACUCAGCUACCGCCACGCCUCACUUGUGGAGUCGCGGCCGCCGACCCCAUUUCACAAAGGAUGGAACCAACCCUAGAGAGGCCCGGCAGUUUUCCCCGGGCCGCACAGCUGUUGGUGGUGGAACUGGGAUGCAGGCAGGGCCCAGCCACAACCUCUGGGACAAGAGGUUUAGGAGACCCAAAUUUUGAGAUGAGGAAAUGGCCCAAAAGAGGAGUUGCCUGAGGUCUAUCUGCAAGUGGCUGCCACUGGUUUCGAACCCCGGUCAGCUUCCCAGUGCAGCUGUAAAGCUCAUCAGACUCUGUUUGGGGGACGCACCCUCCCUCUAUGCAGGCGCUCAGGGGCCAUUAGCUGGAGGGGAGUGGGUGCAGGACGUGGGUCCCCAUGAAUAAUUGAGAGUCUGGGGCAGGUGGCCGCCCCGCAGCUGUCACCCCGCCGCGGGCGGGGAAGGGGCGGUGGGGACGUCACGUCCUCCCCUGCGGGGCCAUGGGCGCGGGUUAUAAGCAGCUGCUGCGCCGCCAGCCAGCACCGCACCAAGCACCCUGGUCGGGACGCCCCACGAUGCAGCGCCGCGGGCCCCUAUCAGUGCUGCUGUUGCUGCCGCUGGCCCUGCUGCUGGGGGCGGCCACCGCUGCUCCCUUGGCACCAAGACCCUCCAAGGAAGAGCUGACCCGCUGUCUGGCCGAGGUGGUCACGGAAGUGCUGACACUGGGUCAGGCCCAGAGAAGCCCCUGCACAGCUCUCCUCCACAAAGAGAUGUGUGAGACAGAGCCCUAUGGCUGUGCGUCCACCAAAGAGAAAGGCCUACUGGUUCAAGAGGCUGGGAAGACGAGGCCCAGCCAGGAAGUGAGGGAAGAGGAAGAGGAAGAGGAAGCAGCGGAGAGGGCCCACAAGUCUGAGGUGCAGCAACAGACCAUCCAGGAGCAGCUCCACAGCCGGCUCCGCCAGGAGGAGGACGAGGAGGAGGAGGAGGAGGAGGAGAAAAGGAAGAGCAGGCCCAUGGAACCCUUUGAAGGCCUGUGGAAGCGGCGCCUAGAUGGUGGAGGGGGGCCCCAGAAGCGAGGGGCAGAGCAGGCCAGUGAGGAGGAGACAGCCCAGUUCGAGGCGGAGGAGAAGGGCAUGCAGGUGCUCAGCGGGGGCCACAGCCUGUGGCAGGGGGGCGGAGAAGAGGGGCACGAGCACUCACCGCACCACCGCCACCACCAGCAGUCAGAAGCUAAGCCCAAGCAGGAGGAGAAGGAAGAGGCUUCGGAGAGGAAGGAGCACGACAUGGAGCGGCUGGAGCACGUGAGAGAGGAGCUAAAGAAGGCAACGGAGAUGCUGGGGGAGAUCAGGAGGGAGUGAUGACCCCCGAUCUCAUGUCCUCCUUCCCGACACACCCUAUGGCUGAGGACUGUGGACCCCCAAAGCUCACCUAACAGCCCACUCCAUUCCCCAACCUGCAGGAACGGGGAGAAGGGUGGGCCAUGUGACUGGGCCCAAGGGGCUGAGUCUGAGCUGGGUAGAGGGGCUGGGCUCACACUGACUCAGGACACACCCGGCCUCCCCCGUCACCCACUCCAACCCUUCGGUGUGAAUAAAGCACAAAGAAAACCA